AUGGCAGCAACUGCAGCGAUCUUGAACAUAGAAGAACAACAUUUUAGUCAACCACUUGAUGGAGUAGCUGCGACACUAGCUGUUUUCGGUAUGGUGCGGGAACCCACCCUCGGGCCGGGGGUCGCGGGUUUCAGCGCGCUGAUUGGCCAGCUCUUCCCAGGAACAAGCAGCUGGCUUGACAAGAAGGCCCCAGGGCCAAUCACGGGACCCGCCGCCGAAGCUUAA